AUGAUGGCCAUGGACGCCAAGCAGCCCUUCGCCGCCCUGCAGGAGCCCAAGUUCCCCGGUCUGCACGCCGGCGCCGAGGCGAUACGCAGAGUUUGCCUCCCGGCCCCGCAGCUGCAGGGCAAUAUAUUUGGGAGCUUCGAUGAGAGCCUGCUGGCCCGCGCCGAGGCGCUGGCGGCCGCGGACAUCGCCCCCCACGCCAAGGGCCACCACCUCCACCCCCACUUCAAACCGGACGCCACCUUCCACGCCAUGAGCGGCGUCCCUUGCGCCGCCGCCGCCCUCCCGCACCCCGCCGCCCUCGCCGCYCAUCCGCACCCGCUCCCGCACCCGGCGCUGGACGGCGGCGAUCUGCUGGAGCACCUCUCGCCGUCGCUGGCCGUGGCGGGGCUGGCCGAGCCCCCCGCGCUGCCCGCCCCGCUGCCGCCGCCGCCGCCUCUCCCGACCGCCGCCGCGGGACCCCUUCCCGUGCCCGUGGGUGCCCCGGGGGUUGCCGCSGCCGCCGCGGACCCGCGGGAGCUGGAGGCGUUCGCCGAGCGCUUCAAGCAGCGGCGGGUGCGGCUGGGGGUGACCCAGGCCGACGUGGGGGCGGCGCUGGCGGCGCUGAAGCUGCCGGGCGUGGGCUCGCUCAGCCAGAGCACGAUCUGCCGCUUCGAGUCGCUGACGCUGUCGCACAACAACAUGACGGCGCUGCGGCCGGUGCUCCAGGCCUGGCUGGAGGGUGCCGAGGCCGCCCGGMGAGCUCGCCCCGCCGGCCCCGACCCGCCGCCCGGUGCCGAGCGCAAGCGCCGGCGGACCUCGAUCGCCGCCCCCGAGCGGCGCUCGCUGGAGGCGUAUUUCGCGCUGCAGCCCCGGCCCUCGGCCGAGAAGAUCGCGGCCAUCGCCGAGAAGCUGGACCUCAAGAAGAACGUGGUGCGCGUCUGGUUCUGCAACCAGCGCCAGAAGCAGAAGCGCAUGAAGUACUCGGCGGUGCACUGA